AUCAGCUGGUCAAAUAUAGGCGAAAAGAUGGCGGGCAUGCAACUUGAUGUUGUUAGGUGUCAAAAGAAGCAACUUUAACACGCUGUUCACUGGCUGUGUCGACAAUAUUUUGUUGCAAAUGUGUAAAUAGAUAAUUGCUGUACAUGAUGGCAUUUCUCGAGUGGAGACGCUUCAAUUUUUUUGAUCUUAAAAAAGAAGUUGACGGCGGGAAAAUAGCCACGGCACUUGGUGACGCCCAAGUGACAGCAGCUACGAGCGGUAACGGGACUCUAGUAUUCGGAGAUUACACAGGCAAUGUGCAUUUAGUGAAUAGAACUUACGAUGUUACCACAUUUCGCGCUUAUGAUGUCACAUUAACACUAGCUCAACAAGUCCAACAUUCCACUUUCUUGUUCACCAUUGGUGAAGAUGAAUCAGGUUGUAAUCCUACCAUAAAGGUCUGGAAUUUAGCUAAACCAGAUAAACAAGGCAAUCCAACAUGUCUUCGUAUAAGUAGAGCCAUACCAAGUUAUAGAGCAGUUCCUGCAACUGCUCUAUGUGUGCAUACUAGUCUUACAUUAAUGGCUAUUGGCUUUGGAGAUGGCUCUAUUAUGCUGUAUAGGGGUGAUUUAACUAGGGAAAGGAAAAACAAGAUAAAAGUAUUCGAACAUACCAAUUUUUCAGUUACUGGUUUAGCAAUAAAAUCUAGUGGCAAACAAACUCAUUUAUUUGUUGCUACACCAAAUAGCGUUUUCGUAUAUAAUAUUACUGUUAAGGAUCAAGAAUUUAAAUCUCCCUUGGAUACUAUGGGCUGUGCCAGAAAGUGUAGUGUUCUUGCAGAAUCUAUGCAAGAUAGUCAUUUUAUGAUUGGUCGUGAUGAUGCAAUUUAUUGUUACACACCAGAUGGUAGAGGUCCUUGUUAUGCAGCUGGUGGUCAAAAAAUCAUGUUAGAGUGGUUUAGAAGUUACCUAGUUAUUAUAGCAAAAGAAUCUGCGAAUGAUCCAAGAACAACAACUACCAUUUCUGCAAAACCAAGUACUAUAGAACCAAUACCUCCAGGAGUGGAUAAGCAUGUAAUUACAGUACUUGAUAUACAAAACAAAUGCAUUGUUUUUUCUGCCCCAAUGUUGUCUGUGCAAGCUGUUCUAUCAGAAUGGGGUGGAUUUUUUAUACUCAGUGGAGAUAGUAAACUUUAUCACUUAGAUGAAAAAGACUUGCAAUCGAAAUUAGCAUUACUUUUCAAGAAGAAUUUAUAUGAUAUAUCUAUAAGAAUAGCUAAGAAUCAACAAUAUGAUGCUGAAGGUUUAGUCGAUAUAUUCCGACAAUACGGCGAUCAUUUAUAUUCUAAAGGAGAUCAUACUGGAGCGAUAGAACAGUAUAUUAAAACUAUUGGAAAGUUAGAACCGUCGUAUGUAAUUAGAAAAUUUUUAGAUUCUCAACACAUAGAUAAUCUAACGACCUAUUUGCAAGCUUUGCAUAAAAAUGGGCAGGCAACAGAAGAUCAUACAACUUUGCUACUGAAUUGUUAUACAAAACUCAAUCAUACAGAUAAAUUAAAAGAAUUUAUCAUGACAAAAGAUAGAGAGAUUGAUUUCGAUGUCGAAAUUGCAAUAAAAGUUUGUCGUCAAGCAUCGCCGGAGGAUGCUUUGUUGCUUGCAAAAAAACAUGAUCGUUACGAAUGGUAUCUUCGUAUUCAAAUAGAAGAUAAACACGAGUACAAAAAGGCAUUAGAAUAUAUGGCUACUUUGGACUUUGAAGAAGCAGAAUCCAACAUGAAGAAAUAUGGUACUAUCCUGAUAGAAAAUGUGCCAGAUGAAUCAACGCAAUUUUUAAAAGCCUUAUGUACCAAUUAUAGGCCUUCCAAUCAACCACUUGUAGAUCAGGAAAUGUUAGAUGGUACUGUGGACCAACACAUCGAUAAAGCCAAUCCAGAAGAUUUUAUUCACUUGUUUUUAAAUAAUUCAGAACGUCUCGUAGAAUUCUUAGAGCACCUAGUAAAAAUGAAUACCAAGUGGAGCACUUUGGUAUACAAUACUUUAGUAGAACAUUAUCUUCAUAUUUGGUCAGCUUUGGAUAAUGAUGUAGCAAAAGUACAAUAUGAACAGAAAAUUGUACGACUUUUGCAAAAUUCGGAAGCGUGUUACGAUAAAGAUCAAAUAUUAAUCUUAUGCCAUCAGCAUAAUUUCAGGCGUGGUUUACUCUUUCUUUAUGAAGAAAGUAAAUUAUACCAAGAAAUAUUACGAUUCCAUUUACGCGAAGGAGACAGUGAACAAAUUUUAGCUACGUGCAAACGAUUUGGACAUCAAGAUCCGAAUUUAUGGGUCCAAGCUUUAUGGAGUGUUGCAAGAAAUAAAGAAGCACCAACUAAACUUCUUGCAGACAUACUAACCCACAUAGGUCAAGAAAGGCUUUUAUCACCAUUGAUGGUUCUUGAUGCACUUUCUACUUCACUUUCUUGUACCUUGGGCGAUGUGAGAACCUAUUUUAACAGUGUGUUACGAACAGAGCAUAAACAAACACAAGCAGAUAUAGAAUUAUCUGAAAAGUAUCGAGCAGAUACUAAAAAGAUACGAGAACAAAUAGAUUCAAUUAAAAAUAGUACUAUUAUCUUCCAAGGAUCACGUUGCAGUGCGUGUCACCAUCAGUUAGAACUUCCAUCGGUACAUUUUAUGUGUCAGCAUUCAUAUCAUCAACACUGCUUUCAAAGAUUCUCAGAGAAUGAAAAUGAAUGUCCAGCUUGUUUACCAGACAAUAAAAAAUUGUUGGAUAUCAUAAAAGCACAGGAACAAUCAAAAGAUCUUCAUGAAACAUUUCACAGUUUAUUGGAUCGAGCAGAGGAUCCAUUCUCAUUAGUUGCUGAUUACUUUGGUCGCGGAGUUUUUAAAAAAUUAAUGGUGAUCACAGAUAGCGAUAAAAUGUUGUCUGCGUCGGUGGCAAAGUUUGAUGAAUCAAAAUUGAAUUAUGGGCCAGGAGCGGAAGCCAGAAUCAGAUUAUCGGAAGGAAAGAACUCAACGUUAGGAAAAACUGAAACUCAUCGUUCGUAUGAUAAUUAUAAUACAGUAGCGGAUGAUCGACUGCGAUCUUAUCCAAAAUCAGAUCUGUACUCUUCAUCAGUAGAAGCGAAUAUCUCUGGUACAUUCAAUGACAUAUCUAGUCCACGAGGAAAUUCGAAGAAAGCUGUGCCAGUACCUAUAAAGGAAGCUCGUAUUUUAAACAGCACGACACCAAAAUCAUCACCAGUUCAAAAAUCGUACGUGCCACCAAAAACACCGAUUGUACCAUCGAAUCCAUUCGGAGCAGACGACUACGAUGAAUCGAAAAAUCCAUUUGCCGAAGACAAAGACGAUGACACUACUAAUCCUUUUAAAGAUAAUGACGACACAAAUCCCUUUAAGAAUAAUGACGAUGAUGACUAUAAUAAGAACCUGAAUCCUUUUGGUAGAUAAAUUAUAUUUAUUAUAUUCAAUUGUUUCAACCACUAAACUCAUGAAUCACUAAAAAAGACAAUUAUGCGUUAUUAUUGACAAAUAGGAACAUUACAGCUUGCGAAGAGAAAUAUCGUAAAUGUUAUUGUCAUAUAUAAAAUUGUAAAUUCAUUACAUGAAUCUAGCUUGGCUUUCACCAGUAUAAUCCCCACAAUUAUUCAGCCUAGGUGUAUCAUGAACUUUAUAUUGUUUUUUCUUUUUAUACACGAAUCACAUAAUAAUAUCUUUGGUGCUUUAUGCAAUUUAUAAAAUGAAACUAUAUAUUCACGUAGAAAAAUAAGAUAUAUAAUUGUAUAUUAAACAAUUAAUUGUA